CACAGGUCAUUUGCUGGGCUACCUCGAGCAGCAGACGAGAGAGAACAGGCAGCUCUUAGCCGCUGAUGCCAUGCACCAAUGCACGACCACCUCUCCGCCCUCCUCCGCAGCAGCAGCGGCCGCCGCCACUCGCAGUCCGUCCAUGGCGCGGCUAUCAGGCUCGGAUGCAUCGCCUCUACCUUUCUCUGCAACAACAUCCUACUCGCAUACCUCCGCCACCUCGUGCCCGUGGACGCCCGCAAGCUGUUCGACGAAAUGCCGCGCCGCAACCUCGUGUCCUGGUCUAUCCUCAUCUCCUGCUCCGCUCGCCUCGGAGUCCUCGUGGAGGCGUUUGCGCUCUUCUCCGACAUGCUCCGCGGUGCAGGGAGGGGAAAUUGGGACCGCCCGGACUCGUUCGUGCUGGGGGGCCUUGCCUCUGGGUGCGCCCAUGCAAGGGACAUCGCAGCGGGCGCGCAGGUGCAUGCUUGCGCGGUGCAGUUUGGCGUCGACGAGGACGAGAGCGUCGCGGCAGCAUUGGUGGACAUGUAUGCCAAGUGCGGAUGGGUGGAUUCGUCGUGGCGGGCAUUCACGUUGGCGCCGUAUCGGAGUGUAGUGAGCUGGACGAGCAUGAUUGCCUGUCUGGUCAACCAAAGUUCGUCUGAGUACCAUGAUACUGCACUUGUGUUGUUCAAGAAAAUGUUGGUGUUGAAGAUUUGGCCUACCAAUGCGACGUUUUCCUGCAUCCUCAAGGUGUUUGAUGUGCCUGAGUUGCUACCUGUUGGAAUGCAAGUUCAUGGCUGCUUGCUGAAGAUGGGGACUGAGGUAGACAUUGCUUUAGGGAGUGCCCUGAUGACAAUGUAUGGCAGAUGUGGCGGAGUUGAUGAGAUAACUAGGUUGGCUUGUCGUAUAAGGCAUGAUUCAUUUUCAAGGACUUCCCUGCUUGGAGCGUAUGCACGGAAUGGAUAUAAUGUGGAGGCAGUUGGAGUUUUCAGGGAAAUGAUAAAGGAAAAUAUAGCAAUCGACCAAUCUGCUAUGACUAGUCUGCUGCAGGUUUGUUCAUCCUUUGGACAACUGAGAAUGGUUAGGGAGGUACAUUGCUAUGCUCUAAAAACUUUCUUCCAGUUGGAUACUGUACUGCUGAAUGCUACCAUCACUGUUUAUAGCAGAUGUGGUGAUAUCACUAGUGCUGAAACCGUAUUUAAGCUAAUGGAAAAGAAGGACAUCAUAUCAUGGACAGCAUUGUUAACUUGCUAUGCUCAAAAUGGUCUUGCUCAAGAGGUACUCAUUUUCUUUAGGGCGAUGCUUCGGAGAGGACUAGGAUCUCCAGUAUUUUGCAUCACUGGUGUGCUACGAGCCUGCUCUACCACCUCAAAUCUUGCUGCUGGAUUGCAAAUCCAUUCAAGGGCUCUGAAGCUAGGUAUUGAUGAUGAUACUUCCGUGGAGAAUGCACUUGUCACCCUGUAUGCCAGUUGUGGAAGUGUUCAGAUUGCAUGGAAGAUAUUUGACUCAAUGAGUAAUAGAGGCAUCAUCUCGUGGAAUGCACUACUCACAAGUUUUUCGCAGCAUGGCAAUGAGGUGGCUGCCAUCCAGCUAUUUGAUAUGAUGCAAGAGGUGGGGGUCUGCCCGGAUGAUUUCACUUUUGCUGGCCUGCUAUCAUCUUGCAGCCGGAUGGGCCAUGUAUCACAGGGCUGCGUGUACUUCAAACAAAUGAAGGAAAAAUACAACUUGGAGCCCAAGAUGGUGCAUUAUACCUGCAUGGUUGAUCUAUUUGCCCGUGCUGGAAGAUUUUGUGAUGCAAUAGACUUCAUUGAUGUCAUGCCUUGCGAACCAGACCAAAUAGUGUGGGAAGCUUUGCUAGCUUCUUGUAAGGUUCAUGGUAAUGUGGAGUUGGGAAGAAUAGCAGCCAGGAAGAUUCUAGAAAUUAGACCAGAAGAUCCUUCACCGUACAUUAUACUAUCAAGCAUCCAUGCUUCAGUUGACAUGUGGGAUGAAAAAGCCUGGAACCGCACUGUGUUCGAUACCCAGAGAGCAAGAAAGGACAUGGGUAGUAGUUGGAUUGAUGCACAAGAAUUAUCUGAGAACAUAUUUGAUGUGUUACGAGUUGGAGUGACGUAAGAUUGGUUGAUAGUUCCGAGUUUACUUGCCAUAGUUGCAGCGAAGCAUAGUGGAAUUGAUCAUAAGAAAUCAACUAACUGGACAAAGAUAUCAUGAGCGCAAGCAAAGCAUGGUCAUCAGACUCCUAGAGAACUCAUCUAUGUCAUAUCAUCACUGAGAAAGUGAUAUGGUCCUGGUGCAGAAGGCUUAUUAUCCUUUCUACGGCGCAUGAGAUGGUUGUAGACUCAUUGAUUAUCAUGUUUAAAGGUGCGACAUUCUACGAUGCUGCCAGUGCUGUAAAAUGUUACCUGGGGUGCUACAAGUGAAGAGAAUAUAUUGAUACUUUUUUCUUUAUUGUCAGCCAACGUUUUUGAUGAUGUUGGAAACACAGAGAUGCUCACUAAGAACAGGAUAGUAUGUUGACAUCUACACCUUGUUUGAUUGCUGAGGGUACAUUCCAUCAAUGUGUGCCAUGUUACAGUAACUGAUGAAUAAUUGUUAGAAACUGCCAGUGAAUACUCCUGGAAGUUUUGACAGGUUGUGUAAAGAUCAGAAAAGAAUGACAAUUAAGGAAUAGAAAUUUUAUGAAUUAGUAUUCUCAAGGAAAAACGUGGUAAACUGUGA